CGGAACAAACGUACUAAAAAAAAAAAUUAACGUCGGUUUAAAUUUUGAAUUAAUUCUACAAUUGAAUCGCCAUCAAUAGCAAAUUAUUUGAAAUUUAGUAAUAGAAUUUUAUAAAUAAAAUUACUUUUGUACCAUAGUUCAUUCGUUGAUAAAGUGAGUGCAUUUUUAAGUAUGACUAGUGAUUAAUCAAUUACCCGUUAACGAUCAAAAUGUAUUUUGAGAUUGAAAACACUCCUGAGCAUAUUAAAAAGGCUCGCCGUGUUCAAGCUGUACAGAAGCAUUCGCCAAAAGAAGAGUGCCCUCGUCUUUUUUUGGCUCCUUUUUCUAGGCCUCCUUUAGUAGUUUUUGAGAGCGUCCUUGUUGGUACAACGUGUGAACGAAGUUUAGAAAUAUUUAAUCCUUCAAAAAAUGUACAACAGAUAACACUCGGCCGAUCCCUUCCUGCUGGACUUGUUAUACACUUACCUGAAGAAUGGCUGGUGUUAGAGCCAGAGAGCUGCUACUGCUUGACAAUGCUAUGGACCCCUAUGCAGCCAACAACAUUAAGGGAGACUAUACGGUUCACUAAUGAGAAUAGGGGCAGAUAUGAUGUGAUUGUUGUACUCAAAUCUAGAAUGCAUGUAAAAGGAAAAACUAACCAAUCUAAGAGUUUUAAAAUAUCUCCACAUAAAAUGAAAAAGAAAAUGCCAAAAAGAUCACCUGUGGCCAUUUACAAGAAAAAGUCAGAAAGUAUUUAUAAUACAACUAAAAUAAAAAAAACUCUUAAUGUCAUUCAGUCCACACAGCACCGGAUACUGCAACCAUCAAACAAAGAUAACAUAUCUAUAUACAGUGACUAUUCUACUGAAUCCCAUCAACUCAAAUGUCCAUUUGACUCGCCAACCAAUAUCAACUUCACCUUUAAUACAUCAGAAGUAUUUUCUAAUAUAAGAAAACCAAAUUCUAAUGUCUUACAACAGACAUAUGACAAAUCUUAUACAAACAAUGACAAAGAUCAUAUACAAAUCCAAAAUAACUUAAAACCAUCUAUGAAACAAUAUAAUACUUUGUCCACUGAUGUAUUUGAUAAUCUUACAUUCACUCCUCUUAAAAGUCUCCCUUCAAAAAAUGAAAAAUUAGAAAAAGGGCCUCAAAUAAUACUUAGUAUGAACUCUGAAAGUGAUUUUGAUGACAGUUUAGAUUUAAAAACAUUCAAUAAAGAAAAUGAGACUCAUUCAAUAAUUAGCAUAGCAUCCUCACAACCUAACAAGUGGUUGACUGUAAAUCAACACACACAAGUUGAAAACCAAUAUACAGAAACACCCUCACUUCCAAACAAGAAAAUCCCUAAUACUUCAUCACCGAAAGAAAUGAAUAGCCCCAAUUUUACCAUUAAUACAGAAUUCUCACGUAUCAGUGACCUGUCCUUCUUUCCUCAAAGAUUUUCAACUGAGAAAAAGGGUUUGCCUCCAAUGAAUAAUGAAAUACACUUCUUAAUUGAUGAUAUGAAUACAAAUAUUAAAGUUAGUUCAGACACAUAUACUAAAGACUCACCAAAUACGCCAAUGGAUCCAUGUUUUAAUAUACAUACCGAAAAUAGACCACCUCAUUUUUUCUUAAGAGAUCAGCCAAAAAUGUGCAGGCAAUCUCUUUUUAAAGAAUAUCAGCAACAGAAGGAUGCUUAUGAAAGACAUUAUUUGCAUCCAGCUGAAAGUAACAUUUGGCACAGUGAUAUACAGAAUGACUUAAGAUCACCUCCCAGGUCUCUAACGCCACCACUUCAGUCUAUUCCUGAAGAAAGUUCACAAUUUUCCGAAAUGCAAGUAUUUGACAAAUCUGAUAAGCAAACAUUUACUUUCACUAUAAAUGAUCGCACUUUUGAAAAGGCUAAUACAAAAUACUCGAUCCACAAUAGACAAUCAUGGUCCAAAAAAGCUGUCAUUAAAGCUGAACCAGAUAUUUGGAAGAUCCCAGUCUCUCUGCCCAAAAAAUCAUUAAAACCUAAGACUAGUAUACAGGGUAAAGAAUCAUUGGGUAGCAUAUGCAAUACGACAUACGAAAGAAAUACAACUAAAUGUAAUCAAAAUUUAUCUCUUAAUCAAAUAGGAAAUGUGUACUCACAGUCUUCUACAGUAGAUCCAUUUUUGUCUUCCAUUUAUUUUUAUGACGAAGAAGCUGUAGAUAAAUUUGAAAAAGAAUUCAAGAGAUGGCUCAACUGUAUAUUGACGCCCCCAGCUGAUUUGGAUAGUAACGUAGAACAAAAGAUCGAUGUAGGCAAAGCUUGGAUUGAAAAUCGAAACAAGGAAGUUCCUGCUGCCCCCACAAAAGAACAAGUGUGCAGUAUGUAUCACAACAGUCAUAGAUUGGAAAGCCUUCGAAAAGCAGCGAGGACCUUGUUAAUGAGCCCAGAAAUAACUCUAGUUAUACAAAAAUUGAAUGCUCAAAUUGAGAAAAAAUUGAUUGCUAUUAGAACUGAUAGAAAUCUUCAUUUAGAUGUUGGAUUACAAAAAAUAAUCAUGGACCUACUAUUAUCUUACAACCCACUGUGGCUUCGUAUUGGAUUAGAAGCUAUAUAUGGUAUUGUAUUGCCAUUAAAAUCGAACAGUGACAUAGAAGGACUAACCACGUUUAUUAUUCAAAGAUUAUUUAAAAAUCCCUAUUUGAAAAAUAAACACUCUAAAUCAAAUGCGCCUAAUAUGCUUUUGCCUGCGUAUAUGGAAGCUAUAAAAAAAUUCACACUGAAGAAAUUUUUCAUGCUUGUAUUUUUCUUAGAUCAAGCUAAACAGAGAAAAUUAAUAUCGCAUGAUCCCUGUCUAUUUUGCAGGAACGCAGUUUGCAAAGAAAGUAGAGAGGUCAUUAUUAGAUUUACAAGGGAACUUAUUGCUGGUAUUGGUGAUAUUACAAAACAUCUCAGGCCGUUAGGGUAUGUGGUAAGCCAUAAACAGUCUUAUUUAGAUGAAUACAAAUACGCAGUUCACAAUUUAGCACUCGAUAUUAGGGACGGCGUUCGCCUAACAAAAGUUAUGGAAAUAAUUUUGAUGAAAAAUGGUUUACUUAACCAAUUGCGAACACCUGCUAUAUCGCGGCUGCAGAAGAUACACAAUGUUCAAGUUGCUUUAAAUGCAUUAAAAGAGGCCAAUUUUGUAAUUAACGGCGAUAUUACAGCGAACGAUAUAGCUGAUGGCCACAGAGAAAAGACCUUGUCACUAUUAUGGCAGAUUAUUCACGAAUUCCGCGCUCCAUUAUUCGAAAAAGCAGCAAAUGUUAUACAGACUUGGUGGAGAAAGAAAUUCGAAGUCAUUAUGGAGAAAAGGAAAGAAGAAGAAAAACAACUUCAGGUAAGAAACCAUGCAGCAUAUGUGAUUCAAUGCUGGUGGCGUCGAAUUCAAUACAAUCGUCUUGUAGAAUGGAAAAUGCACCAAGUUACGGUUGCUACAAUUAUAAUACAAAAGUACUGUCGUAUGUGGCUUUGCCGGACUCGAUUGCGUAAAUUCAAGACCAGUGUAUUGACUAUUGAAAAUUGGUAUAAAGCUAUAAAAAUAAUAAGGAAAGCAAAAGAUUCCCUUUUAAAAUUAAAACAUGAGAAAGAAGAACAAAGAAAUAGAUCUGCUGUAAUUAUACAGAGUUAUGUUAGGCGGUGGAUAUGUUUGAAACAAUACAAAUUAAAAAUAAAAAAAAUUGUAUUUAUUCAGAGCUUAGUCCGUUCUUACCUUAUUAGAAAGCAGUAUCUGCGCGUUAUAAAAACUGUAACAUAUGUCCAACAGAAAUACAGAGGAAAUAUUCUCAUGAAAAAUGAAAUGAAAAAAUUGACUGAAAAAAGACAAAGUGCUAUUAUGAUACAGAGUUUCUAUAGAAUGAUAAAAGAGUAUAGGGUGUAUCGAAAACUUAAAAAAGCUGUAAGAACUGUAGAAGAACAUUAUAUAGGAUUGCUGCGCAUGAGAAAUGAAAGAAGUAAUUAUUUAAAACAAAAGGAAUGUGCCAUCAUAUUGCAGAAUUACUAUCGUGGCUUUAAAAUUCGCAAGGAAUUUUUAAGGCAAAAAAAUCUUAUCGUCCAAUUACAAAGAAAAGUAAAAGCUAAGCAGCUUAUGAAGAAAGAAAAGUGUAAUUAUUUAAAAACUAGAAACGCUGUUAUUACUUUACAAAAAUAUAUAAAAUCUUAUCUUGCUAUGAAGAAUAUACGAAAAGAUUAUUUAGCACAACGUAAAUCUGCUGUUUUGAUUCAGAGUUAUUUUAGAUCAUAUUUAAAAGGAAAAUCUCAGAGAAAGAAUUACCUCCAACUAAGAAAUGCAACAGUCAGCAUUCAAAGUUUUUACCGUAACUUAUUAAAAAUGCGUAAAGAAAGAGCUGCUUUCUUAAAAUUAAAAUCUUCAACUUUAUGUAUUCAGAGACGAUAUAGAGCUAUGACUGUAAUGAAACAAUGUAAAGAUAAUUAUGAUAAAUUAAGAGCAGCAAGUAUUACAAUCCAGCUUAGAUUCCGGGCUCAAAACACAAUGAAAAAAAUGAGGUCUUCUUAUUUAAAUCUCAAAUCGUGUUGUAUAUUAAUUCAAAGAGCUUAUAGAGCAUAUUCUUUAGGCAGACGUCAGAGACGAGAGUUUCUCAAUAAAAAACAAGCAGCUGUUGAUAUUCAAAAAUGGUACAGAAGCCUAAGAAAGUCUAAACAAGUAAUGAAAGAAUACCAAGAAACAAAACAGGCUUGUGUAACUAUACAGCGAGUUUAUAGAGCUUAUAUAAUUGGCAGAAUCCAGAGGCAAGAGUUUAUUCGAAUUAAGACUGCAACAGUUUGCAUACAGAAAUACUAUCGAGCUUAUAUAGAAAUGAAAACAGUCAGACAACAAUACAUAGAAUUAAAGGCUUCUACUGUUACUAUUCAAAGAUUCUAUAAAUCAUAUUUGAAUACGAAGAGGCAUAGGCAACAAUUUCUAAAAGCAAAAAUUUCAGCUUUGUUGAUUCAAAAUUAUUACAGAAGGUAUAAAGAAAGUAAAGCUAUCAGACAAAAAUAUUGUGACUUGAGAAAAGCUUCUGUUUGUAUACAACAAAGAUAUCGAAGCAUUCGCGCUAUGAGAGUUGAAAGAGAUCGAUUUCAGAAUUUGAAAAAUGCGACAUUGGUAUUACAACAAAAAUAUAGGGCGUUGCAAGCAAUGAGACAAGCAAGACUAGUUUAUUUGAAGUUACGUUCCGCUGCUGUUAUUCUUCAAACGAGAUACAGAGCUCAUUUACGUAUGAAACAAGAAAAAAGUAAAUAUGUAGCAAUAGUUAAAGCAUGUAUUUAUAUACAAAGAUUUUACAGAGCUCAUAUGCUAUGUUCGAGACAAAGGGAAGGUUAUUUAAGGUUAAAGAAGUCUACCAUUAUUUUACAACAAAGGUACAGAGCAUUACUUGCUAUGCGUAAAGAGAGACAAUCCUACUUAAAAACACGAUUAGCCGCUGUAACUCUCCAGAGAAAAUAUAGAGCACGCCACUUGAUGUUACUAGAGAGGUCCAAAUUUAUAAGAAUUUUACAGGCUUGUGUAAUUAUUCAGCAAACAUACAGGUCUUAUCUGGUAUCUAAAAGACAAAGAUUACAAUAUAUAAAUUUGAAAAAUGCGACCAUUACAAUUCAGAAAUGGUUCAGAACAACUUGCGAAACUAAUAAUGUACGAACUCAAUAUUUGCAUCUAAAGAAGGCUGUUAUAUUAACACAACGUCGCUACAGAGCUAAUAAACAAUCACGUCAAUUACGGCAGAAUAAAGCUGCAAAAAAAAUACAAACGUGGUUCCGAUCUUUACAAUUGCGUAAUAUGUAUAGGAACAGGUAUCACGAUCUUAAAAAGAGUUGCAUUGUUAUACAAUCCUAUAUUCGAAUGUAUAUUCAACGAAAAAGAUACAUUGCACUGAAAUGUGCAACUUUAACCAUACAAAAAUACUACCGUUCUCAUGUCUUAACUGUAAAUUCAAAGCAACGAUAUUUGCGAAUAAGGAAGUCCUUCAUAAAAUUACAAGCUUUGAUUAAAGGAUACAUAACUAGAAAACGUUAUUUGAGAUUACGUAAAGCUGUAUUGGUGAUACAAACAGCAUAUAGAUUUAAGAAACAACGAGAUCUAGUCAAAGCUCAAAAAGAAGACGCAGCGAUAUGUUUACAGAAGCAUUUCAAGCGGUACGUAGUUCAAUCUAGAUAUCGAGAGCUUCGGCAAAAAGUUAUAUAUAUUCAAAGAAUAUGGAGAGGGAAGUUAGUGACGAGACUGAUGCGUUGUGAAUUUUUCCAAAAAAGACAAAUUAUAAUUAAAUUACAAUCUAUUAUAAGAGGGUAUUUGGUGCGGAGACAAAUCCGACAGAAAAAGGCGCAUUUACUAAGACUCAAAGAGGAAAACAAGAAGAAUUGGGCAGCAUCAAAAAUUCAGGCUCUCUUCCGUGGUCAUCAAACUCGCGUUAUGAUCGCCGGAAACAGACGAGUAGCUGAAAUUCGUCGCCGAUGGCGGGAAGGGGCGUUAAAGUCCGACCAACAGACUUUAAAAGAACGUAAUGAGGAUGCCAUGGAUGUCCUACGCAACAUGUCUGAUAUAGAAACAGUGAUAAGGGCAUUCAAAUCUCUCGAACUACUUACAGAAGUAUUCCCUAUGAUGUACGAAAAAAAUGCGUCGUCGAUUGUACGCAGAGUUUAUAUCUACAUGUCAGUCACCAACCGAUCAAUUUCUAGCAUAGAAGUGUUGAAGUCUGCUGCCUCAGUUCUUGUUAAUUUGACUAGGUACAGAAUAACAGGACCGAAAAUUUACGAUAGAGAUCGCAUAUCACCUAUUCUGAAGUUCAUGUGGAGAUUCAGUAAUAGUGAAACAUACUUAUUCUGCAUACUAUCGACAUACCUAUGGCUUUUUUCAAAGUAUGAAGACGUCAGGGAGGAUCUGACUGAAUUUCUACAUAUUCCUGAAAAUCAUAAAAUGUUGGUGACUAUCAAAGGUAACAUUGAUAGAAUGAAAAGAAUGACAAAUAAUGCCAUGAGGAAUAGACAUGCUACACCACAAUCCAAAUAUGUAUCACAUACUAUAAAUCAGUCGUUAAAUUACAGUAUCUGUAGCAACCAUAGUGUUGGAAUCAUAUUACCAGCAUUAGAACCAGACUAUGGCAUCGUAAGAGCUGAUAAACCGCGCUAUUUCGAAGAUGCUCAACAAGCUAUCACUUACCUAUUUUCUACAUAUAAGUUAUAGAUGCUGUUGAUGAUUUUAUAUAAGGAAACCAAUUUAGUGUUUACUUAUUUAUAUUUUAUAUUAUUAAAAUAAGUACUUUCAUAUUUUAAUAAUUAUUAAACUAAUGUACUUUGAAUUAAAUUUAUAUAACCUGCUUCCAUCAUGCAUUUUAUGCCAACAAUUCAUUUAUUUGAAUAAUCAAUUUUAUAAACAAGAUGUAAUGUAAUUUUUUAUUCACUGCUGAACAUAGGCCUUAAUAUAAACUUUCCUACUUAUUUAUAUAAUACCUUCUAAAAAUAUAAAACCUACCUACUUAUAAAUAUAUACCUCUUGUAUCUGAAAAGUAAUAUUAAUCAUUUAACCCUAUUUAAAACUGUGCAAUUGUUGAGUAGUAAUAAAUAAUUAAACAUUCUUGCUUAAAUAUUAAUCUUUCACAGGCAAAUUGUUCUCUUUCUAUCAUCCUUAUAAACAUAAUGUUAUUCUAUUGAUAUUUUGAAAUUGCAUACUAUCAUUUCUCUUUUUAUUUUACAAUUUUUUUUGUCUAUGGGUCAAAUAGUGACGUUCUGAAGACUAAACGUCAUAUACACUUGACACAAACGUCACUCAUCUUAGACAAACUGACAUAUUCGGCAGUGUCAUACCAAAAGAACAAAUUGUCAUUCGUAACAUUGUCUCCAGUUUUAUUAUCGUAUUUGUUAUUCCUUCGAUCUUUAUUUGUUGCUUUUAUAAAUUAAAUAGAACGUAUUUUGUUGUUCCGAAUCUAUUUUAUACUUCAAGAAACAAAAUUGAGAAACUUGAACGAUUGGGAAGAAUUAAUAAUAUUGUUAUACAAAGGGUAACCGAAAAUCUUGAUAAAUGAAUUUUUGUUGGUUAUAUUCACCAGAACACAAUUUUUCUUAAUGUGGUAUUAAAAUACGCGAAAUAAUUUUGACGAUUUAAUACAUUGAGGAAAUUUCUAUGUCAAUGAUUACCUGAAUACACUAUGGACGAAUUAGUGAAUUAUAUUUUACUAAUAUUAGUUAUAUUACCGGUUAUUUUAUUUUUUAAUUUGUGGGCUGGCAUUGGAUGGGAAUUAUUUGUUAACAAUUAAUUACAAAAACUGACUAUAGUUUUACCACAAUAUCAGAGUUUUGUAAAUUUAAUAAUUCAUGAUAAUGUAACUAUGGAUAACUUUGCUUAUUUAUAAUGUUAAUUAACAAAUAUAUGUUUAUAAUUAUAAUAAAUACUUCAUAAUU